CUUGCCCCCUUGGUUUCCGUUUCCGGGCCUCGCUCGCGCGUGCGCACCAAAAACCAGUGCCGUGGUACCUCGCGCGAGUGCGCACGAGGUGAGGACGCGAUGGAGGGCUCGUCCUCUACCCCACCGGCGGCCUCAGCUGCCACUGCAACCUCCACUGCGACUCCAACUGAUCAGACCUCGCGGAACCAGCUGGACAAAGAGCAGAUUACAAAGGCGUUGGAAGCUCUGUUGACACAUUCCAAGUCCAGAAAAAACGAUAAUGGAUUGCUUUUGAAUGAAAGUGAAAAUUUAUUUUUAAUGGUGGUAUUAUGGAAAAUUCCAGAAAAGGAACUAAGGAUCAGAUUGUCCUUGCCUCAUGGAAUUCGAUCAGAUUUGUCAGAAAUCUGUUUGUUUACUAAAGAUGAGUGCAAAUCAACUGAAGAGACGGAACGUUUCUACAGAAAACUUUUGAACAAGCACGGAAUUAAAACCAUCUCUCGGAUUAUCCCUUUCAGGGCCUUAAAAACGGAAUAUAAAGCCUAUGAAGCCAAGCUCCGCCUUCUGGGUAGUUUUGACUUCUUCCUUGCUGAUGACAGAAUCCGGCGGCUUCUGCCCUCACACAUAGGGAGGCAUUUCUAUCGCAGGAAGAAAGUUCCAGUGCCUGUAAACCUUCUGGCCAAGAAUUUAUCGAACGUGAUUGACAGCUGUGUAGGUGGAACUGUCUUAAACAUCUCCAAGAGUGGCUCUUGCAGUACGAUACGCAUCGGACACACUGGGAUGCAGAUUCAGCACAUCAUUGAAAACAUCAUUGCCGUCACAAAAAGUCUCUCGGAAAAACUGCCAGAGAAAUGGGACAGCGUGAAACUCCUCUUUGUGAAGACUGAGAAGUCAGUUUCCCUUCCCAUCUUUUCCUCGUUUGUCAGCUGUCAGGGUGAGAACAACAGAGUGUCCUUCCGCAAACUGAAGGAAGAGGAGGCAAAAAAACAAGAGAAAGAGAGAAAAAUCCGUGAAAAACAGAAGCUGAAGAAGAAAAACAAGAAAUUAAGGCGACGAGCUAGGGAGGCUGCAGCCCUACGUAAAAAUGGCAUGGCACCUAAAACUGGUGGUCCAGCGAAGGGCCCUGGGUCCCAGAAGAAAAAGACCAAGCCGGUAAAGCCCCAGCUAAAAGCAGCAGAUGCAGCGGACGAAGAAAUUCCACAACUAGUACCAAUAGGUAGUUCUCUGGCUAAAGAAGAUGUCAAGGCCACAGAAAAGAAGUCUCCAAAAAAAAGUCUUGGUCCCAGGACACCUCGAGCCAAGAAGAGAAAGGCCCUGCCACCUACAGAGACCCCAGAAACUGCAGAGCCUGAGACCCCAGGUAAAGGCCCAGUGAAGAAGCCGAAAGUGGAACAGAAAAAGAAAGAAAGAAAAUCUGCACUGGGGAAAAAAGACCCAAAACAGACUCCUAAAAAGCCAGAGGCCAAGCUCUUCGCUGCUCCUAGCAAAUCUGCAAGGAAAGCUCUCAACACCCCCAAACGGAGGCUGAAGAAGUCCAAAGUGGCCCAGUCAACCCCAAAUCAAUGACUCAACCAGAAGGAGCUCUCCCAAAAAUACUUGGGUCCUGGGCUUUGAGUGUAGCUCAGUGGUAGAGUACAAGACUAUAGCAUGCACAGCGCCCCCAGAUUCCGUCCCUAGCACCACAGAAAAUAAAUAGAAAUCAAAAUAAAAAU